GCUUUGCGGAUCGUGGGACCAGAAUGGUAACGGCGCCGCGAACGCCAAGCGUGCUCGCCGCGUCCUCCGUCUACAAAUAACGGAACGAGAGGAUAGCGCUCCCCACCUCCACCUCCCACCUCGCGCCAACCAACCCCGGCCGACGCAGCUCACUACCUCCCCGCCUCCCGCGAUGGUCGCCACGGCGAAGAUCCCGCAGCGGCAGCUCUUCAUCGACGGCGACUGGCGCGUGCCCGCGCUCGGCCGCCGCCUCCCCGUCAUCAACCCCACCACCGAGGCCUCCAUCGGCGAGAUCCCGGCGGGCACCUCGGAGGACGUGGACGCGGCGGUGGCGGCCGCGCGGGCGGCCCUCAAGAGGAACCGCGGCCGCGACUGGUCCCGCGCGCCCGGCGCCGUCCGGGCCAAGUACCUCCGCGCAAUCGCCGCCAAGAUGAUUGAGCGGAAAUCUGAUCUGGCUAGGUUAGAGGCACUUGAUUGCGGGAAGCCUCUUGAUGAAGCGGCAUGGGACAUGGACGAUGUUGCCGGCUGCUUUGAGUUCUUCGCGGGUCAUGCUGAAGCUUUGGACAAAAGGCAAAAUGCUGCAGUUGCUCUCCCGGAGAAUUUUAAAUGCCAUCUUAAGAAGGAACCUAUUGGUGUAGUUGCUCUAAUCACACCUUGGAACUAUCCUCUCCUGAUGGCUGUAUGGAAGGUAGCCCCUGCUCUGGCAGCUGGUUGUACAGCUGUACUGAAGCCAUCUGAAUUAGCUUCCGUGACUUGCUUAGAGCUUGGUGAUGUGUGUAAAGAGAUUGGUCUUCCAUCAGGUGUCUUAAACAUUGUGACUGGAUUAGGUCAUGAAGCUGGCGCUCCUUUGUCGUCACACCCUGAUGUCGACAAGGUUGCAUUUACCGGGAGCUAUGCAACCGGUCAAAAGAUUAUGGUAGCUGCAGCUCCUACAGUCAAGCCUGUUACAUUGGAACUUGGCGGCAAAAGUCCUAUUGUAGUAUUUGAUGAUGUCGACAUUGACAAAGCUGUUGAGUGGACUCUAUUUGGGUGCUUUUGGACCAACGGUCAGAUUUGCAGUGCGACAUCUCGUCUUCUUAUCCAUAAAAAUAUCGCUAAAGAAUUCAUCGACAGGAUGGUUGCAUGGUCCAAAAAUAUCAAGGUGUCAGACCCGCUCGAGGAAGGUUGCAGGCUUGGGCCAGUUGUUAGUGAAGGACAGUAUGAGAAGAUCAAGAAGUUUGUAGCGAAUGCUAAAAGUGAAGGUGCCACCAUUCUGACUGGGGGUGUCAGGCCCAAGCAUCUGGAGAAAGGUUUCUUCAUUGAACCCACAAUCAUCACUGACAUCAACACAUCAAUGGAGAUUUGGAGGGAGGAAGUCUUUGGUCCAGUCCUCUGUGUGAAGGAAUUUUCUACGGAAGAGGAAGCCAUCGAACUGGCCAAUGAUACUCAUUAUGGUCUGGCUGGCGCCGUGAUUUCUGGUGACCGUGAGCGAUGCCAGCGAUUAGCCGAGGAGAUUGACGCGGGAUGCAUUUGGGUGAACUGCUCGCAGCCUUGCUUCUGCCAAGCUCCUUGGGGCGGGAACAAGCGCAGUGGCUUUGGGCGCGAGCUCGGAGAAGGGGGCAUUGAUAACUACCUGAGCAUCAAGCAAGUCACGGAGUACACAUCUGAUGCGCCGUGGGGAUGGUACAAAGCUCCGGCUAACUAAGAUGUAAUUGAGCUGGUUCGAGGACCUGGAUCUGUUCCAUCAGGAUAAAUCUGUGUGCCGGCCUUUGUAGUGGUGAAUAAAUGUAGUUUGUCAUGUACUGCUGAACCUUUCUUGCGAAAUAAAUGGCAUGAGUUUUGUGGACA